GCCGGGCUCUUGCCGGAGUCGGUGAGCAGUACUUACAGCGACGCCUUAUGGGGAGACUUCGGGGACGGCCGGAUAUCUUGGGACAGGAGGGUCUUUGGAGAGCCCACAGGAGGAGGGCCGUUAUGCUUUAUUACUUCCAACUUCAUUUGCAUUCUGUGAAUGCAGUACUUAAGGACCGAAAUGUUGGUUCUUAGAGCGCCAUUCCAUCUGGGCUGCAGGUGGCUGAAGUAUCUGAGUCACCAUUCAUCACUGAGGGUCAAAGAGUUGAGGCUCUUUGAGACAAGGCAGUCGGGCUGCGAGGCGGGCGCGCGGUGAUGGCGUCACCUUCCGGUGCCGCCGUCUUGGUUUCCCUGACGACCGGCGUGAGCUCCGCGCCGAGGCGAAGGAGAUGCUGGCGAGGCGGCAGCGCGAUCCCCUCCAGUCACUGCAGCGUCGCAAUCAGGAGCUGAAGCAGCAGGUUGAUGAUUUGCUUUCUGAGAGUCGAUUGAAAGGAGCUCUAGAAGCCAGUAAAAGACGAGAUAUUUACCAAAGAUGUAUCCAAUUAAAACAGGCAAUAGAUGAAAAUAAAAAUACUCUUCAAAAAUUAAGCAAAGCUGAUGAACCUGCCCCUGUUGGGAGUUACAAUCAGAAGAAAGAGGAGGAACACAAUCUUUUGGAUAAGCUUACCCACCAACUGCAGGAACUUGCUGUGUCCAUAAGUAGAGAAAAUGUCACUGAAACUGGGGCGCUUACUGAAGGAGAGGACGAUGACAGUUCUGCUGAAGAAGAUGAAGAAGAAGAAGAAGAAGAAGAAGAAGAAGAAGAAGAAGAUGAAGAGGCCGCAAGUGGAGAAUACGUUGCUAUUGGAGAUUUUACGGCUCAGCAAGUCGGAGACCUUACAUUUAAGAAAGGGGAAAUUCUCCUUAUAAUUGAAAAAAACCCUGAUGGUUGGUGGAUGGCUAAGAAUACCAAAGGAAACAAAGGUCUUAUUCCCAGAACGUACUUGGAGCCCUAUAAUAAAGAAGAAGGCCCGGAGUCUAGCGAAGAAGGCAGUGAAGAAGAUGUAGAGGUAGGGGAUGAAACGGCAGAAGGAGCAGAAGUUAAACAAAGAACCGAUUCUCAUUGGAGUGCUGUCCGAAAAGCCAUCUCAGAGCAGAUUAACACCGUUGACGUACUGACCACGAUGGGAGCUAUUCCUGCCGGGUUCAGGCCUUCCACCCUCUUCCAGCUUCUGGAGGAAGGGAAUCAAUUUCGAGCAAGUUACUUCUUACAACCAGAGCUCACUACUUCACAACUGGCCUUCAAAGAUCUAAUGUGGGAUGCUAAAACGGGCUCUAUUAGGUCAAGACCAAGUCGUGUUUCCUUGAUUCUGACCCUCUGGAGCUGUAAGAUGAUUCCUCUUCCAGGAGUGAGCAUCCAGGUUCUGAGCAGACACGUGCGCUUCUGUCUGUCUGACGGCAAUAAGGUUCUGAGCAACAUUCAUACAGUCAGGGCCACGUGGCAACCUAAGAAACCCAAAACAUGGACCUUUUCUCCCCAGGUUACUGGCAUCUUGCCCUGCUUGCUUGAUGGUGACUGUUUCAUCAGGUCCAAUUCUUCUUCUCCAGAUCUUGGAAUAUUAUUUGAACUUGGAAUUUCUUAUAUUCGCAAUUCAACUGGUGAGAGAGGAGAAUUAAGUUGUGGCUGGGUGUUUCUUAAACUUUUUGAUGCCAGUGGAAUUCCUAUUCCAGCAAAAACUUAUGAACUCUUCUUGAAUGGAGGUACCCCUUAUGAAAAAGGUGUUGAAGUGGACCCUUCAGUAUCCAGAAGAGCACAUGGUAGUGUUUUCCAUCAGAUGAUGACAGUGAGAAGGCAGCCUCAGCUUCUAGUAAAACUGAGAUCUUUGAACAGAAGAUCAAGGAACAUGCUAAGUCUACUGCCGGAAACAUUAAUUGGAAGUAUGUGCUCCGUUCAUUUGUUGAUAUUUUAUCGCCAGAUUCUUGGUGACGUGCUCCUGAAAGACAGGAUGAGCAUGCACAGUGCUGAUUUAAUUAGUAAUCCAGUGCUGGCCACCUUCCCCAGGCUCCUGGAGCAGCCCGACCUGAUGGAUGCGCUCAGGAGUUCCUGGGCUGAGAAAGAGAGCACCUUAAAAAGAUCAGAGAAGGCAACGUCCUCUGAUGGGUGUGUCGGGCAGGAGGUGAUAUUUGAAGGGCUGCGGGCACGGGCUGUGGAGCCAGGGCGCCAGGCAGUGGGUGAGAGCAUGGCCUCCCGCGACCCACCUCCCACCAGCUACACCCAGCCCGAAGUACCCUCGGGGAUCGCGCUGUUCCUCACCAUCCCCUACGCCUUCUUCUUGCCCGAGCUGAUAUUUGGGUGCUGGGUCUGGAUCCUGGUGGCCGCCACCCAGGUAGCAAGCCCACUGCUACAAGGAUGGGUGAUGUACGUCUCGCUCACCUCAUUCCUCAUCUCCCUGAUGUUCCUCUUGUCUUAUGUGUUCGGAUUUUACAAAAGAUUCGAGUCCUGGAAAAUCCUGGACAGCCUGUACCACGGGACCACUGGCAUCCUGUACAUGAGUGCCGCCGUCUUACAAGUACAUGCCACGAUCGUGUCUGAGACCCAGGACCUGAAAAACUACUACAUAAACACCGCAGCCUCGUUAUUUGCCUUCAUCACCUCCCUGCUCUACAUCCUCCACGCCUUCAGCAUCUAUUACCACUGAAGGAGCAGGGAGCUGGGCCGGCAUGGGAAAUGCUGUUUUGAAGCCUGGAGUAUCAGCUCCCCAAAGAGGUUUUCAACAUGUGCCAUCUGCGUGAUAAACAGAAGCUCAACGAUGACAUCACUGGAUCAACAGACCAUCUUUUCAGAACGAGUGAUGAAAUCGCAUGCUGGGCAGAUCUGUUCGGACAUUUUAAUUCAUUGUGAUGAAUAUGAAAAAGCUGGGAGGAGGGCUUUGUUGUUUUGUUUUGUUUCGUUUUGUUUUGUUUUGCCUGGGAAAGUAACUGUCUCUUGGAAUUAUCUGACAAUGAACCUCGCUCUUCUAGAAAACUAACAUCUGUAAGCCCUCACUACUGAAAAUUCCAGGUCUACCAUCAUCAGGCCUGUUUGGGGAUGCUGCCUCAGCAACGAGAUUCCCCACAGCAGGUCUAUGGGAACCUUCAUAAUUUUCUUAAAAUCGAAAUGGUGCUGUCAACGCUUUCAGAUCUGAAGACCCAUAGACCUUGUUCCUGUCCCGUGGUCUUGUCUCUGCUUCUCAGCAGUGGUCCAAACCCACUGCCCCCUCCCACGCUGCCCGACCCCCAUUCACAUGCCCUCCCCUUUCCUCCCCAGCUUUGGGAGCCAAGGGAAAUCUGUGUAAAAUCAGCUUUGAGGGUAGAUUUGUGGGGGAAAUAAGCGAUUGGUUCUAGAAAAUUUUUACACAGCAAGAGCUGGGGGAGGGAAAGAGGGGUCAGGGAGGGAAGGGUGUAACCUGCUUCUCCGUAACUGUAAGUCAGGCCGCUCUGUUCAGAGAACUGCAGGGCUGCAGGACACCUGGGUCAGGCCUCCGGACCCCACCCCCUAAGGACUGGGAGUCACCCUGUCCCUCAGAAAAGACCAUCAAGGAAGCCGGCAGGACGUUACAUGCCAGGAUUCUCCUCUGGGCUCCUGUCACACGUGGGACACCGAUGAGGCCGGAAAGGACCCAUCCCAGGGUUCCUACUGUUUCCCAUGCAUCCCUGAGUGGUCCAGCUGGGAGGGGCCUGGAACCACCCAGCCAGCCUCCUGCAGUGAAGGGCUCCCAGGGGCCAGGACAUGCAAAUGCGUUUGCACUUCGGGGCCAUUCUCAAAGAAGAGGCACAGAGAAGUGUACAAUCGAGGUGCUGGAUUCCCAAGUAAAUGUUGUUCAAAAGUAGGCGUGCCAUCUGGCGUUUCUGUCCCUGUGCUGGGGUUCCAGCUGCUUGGCCUCAAUCUCUAAAGUUGAGUCAGGGCUCAGCCCCUUAACUGCGUGGACCCGAUGCCAUUUUGAAAUGAAAUAAAUUAUUAUGUGCAAGGGA